AUGUUGCUGAUCUUGCUAUUCUGCUCCGGUUUUUCCGCUACCGUAGCUAUUGAGGGUCAGCUGAAGAAUGUGCAAGUGUUCUUCCGGCAUGGCGACCGUACCCCACUGUGGAACAUCCCGGCUGACCCCUAUCAGGAGGCAUUUUGGGGUCUGCCUUGGGGCAGUUUGACCAAGAUCGGGCUGCAGCAACAAUUCAAGGCUGGCAUCAUGUUGAAAAGUCGCUACAUCGAUGAGCUACAGUUUGUCAACGCUACAUACUCUCCUUACGAGGUAACCGUCUUCUCGGCCCUACAAGAUCGGUGCCUUCAAUCUGUUGCUGCGAAUUUUGCCGGAUUCUACAGCGAAUCUAGCUUUGACCCGGAAGAGGAUGGCUGGCCGGCCAACUGGAUCCCAAUUCCGGUGCACACUUACAGCGAGCCGGAUAGGUUCUUUGAGCCCGGUGAUGCUUGCCCGCGCUACAAUCAGCUUGUCGCCCAAAGGGCCCUCACCCCGCAAUACGUUAAAUUCACGCAGCAGUAUACGGAUUUUGUCGAGCUAUUUGCCAACAAAACUGGUGAGCCCUACAAAACUCUGAAUGAUGUGAUGUGGUACGUCACGGUGCUGGCUUGUGAGAAGGCGCACAACCUCCCGUUUUUACCCUGGAUUACUAACGACGUCUGGAAGCAGUGCGUUGGUGCGAUAAACGUCGUUGUGGACUAUUAUAACGGAUUAGCCCAACUCGGCGUCCCAAAAAACGACGAAAUCAUCCGGCUACGUGCCGCUCCGGCUUUGGCUGUCGUUUCUGAUGUCCUCCAAAAAGGCAAUGGCUUCAAGUACACCGUUUACUCAGCGCAUGACACGACGAUCCUGGCGAUUCUCGGCGCCCUGGGUCCCGAUACGAAACAGAAUGUGCUGAUCGGUUCUCCAGACUAUGCGGCCACGAUGGCGAUCGAGAAAUGGGUGAUGGACGACGGUUCUGAGCAAGUUCAAUUGCUGUACGCCGCCAACGCCACCUCUCCCCUACUUCCGGUGACAAAAUACGUGGCUGGCUGCUCGGAAGAUCUCUGUCUUCUAGACACCUUCUUGGCCUCCUUCCAGCCGUACUUGGUGCCGGAUAUGGAAACGGAAGGCGUUCAACAGCAAUACAAAACCGGUCUGAAGCUCAAAUCCAGAUACAUCGAUAAGUAUCGACUCGUCUCGAAGGAUUAUAAUCCUUAUGAGGUCCUUGUCCGCUCAGCGAUGGACGAUCGGUGUAUGAUGUCGGCUACGGCAAAUCUGGCUGGAUUCUACAGUAGCUCGGAGACGUUAGAGGUAUUUGAGCCCGGCCAGGCCUGCCCGCUCCUCGAAGCUAUUCGGGCCGUCAAAGAGGAGCACGAAACUUAUAAGGAAUUUGCCUUGGAGCACGAGAGUAUCCUGGAUGAAUUCGUGCAAAACACUGGGGAACCGUGGAAGCUUGUGCGCGAGAUUGACGGAUUUGUGGAUUCACAAUUUUAUCUUGAUGGAAAUAGUGACGACAAGAUAAUUCGUCUACGGGCGGGUCCUAUCAUGGAGGUGCUGACGUCAAACUUCACAGAGGCUUCAAACUACAAAUACUACGUGUACUCGGCGCACGAUGCCUCACUCUUGGCCAUCAUGUCGGCGCUUGGCAAAAAUACGCAAUAUGAGAUUCUCGGCAACCACUGGCCCCAGUAUGCUUCAACUAUCGUUUUCGAGUUGUGGAAGAUGGAUGAGGGAGAUCUAAGGGUUAAGAUGCUCUACUCGGCAAAUGCCGACGACAAAUUCCACGACUUUACGAGCGCCAUCGAUGGGUGCCCCGAUAGGGAGAUGUGUCCCGCGAAGACGAUAAUCGCACGAACUCGCAAAUAUAUACCCAAGAAUAUUGAAAUGGAAUGCGCGCUGAAGACGAAAAUAAAGGCGCCGCUACGCCGUGAAAAGCUGGCCUCCUCA